CGUGACCCCAGCUGGGCCAAUGAGCGGCGGCGGGAGGUGAAAUCCGGUUCUAACCGGUCCGGGGCUCCCAGCGCUAUAAAAACUUUAUAAACCCCCCGGAGCCCGAGCAGUGUGAAGAAGAGGCGAGAGCGACCCCUGGACCGACCAAAGCUCGCGCGCCACUGCAUCCCCGUGUCCAGCGCCUACGUCCCGCCGCCGUCACCAUGCCCAAGAGAAAGGCUGAAGGGGAUGCUAAAGGGGAUAAAGCCAAGGUGAAGGACGAACCACAGAGAAGAUCUGCGAGGUUAUCUGCUAAACCUGCUCCUCCAAAGCCAGAGCCCAAGCCUAAAAAGGCCCCUGCAAAGAAGGGAGAGAAGGUACCCAAAGGGAAAAAGGGGAAAGCCGAUGCUGGCAAGGAUGGGAAUAACCCUGCAGAAAAUGGAGAUGCCAAAACAGACCAGGCACAGAAAGCUGAAGGUGCUGGAGAUGCCAAGUGAAGUGUGUGCAUUUUUGAUAACUGUGUACUUCUGGUGACUGUACAGUUUGAAAUACUAUUUUUUAUCAAGUUUUAUAAAAAUGCAGAAUUUUGUUUUACUUUUUUUUUUUUAAGCUAUGUUGUUAGCACACAGAACACUUCAUUGUUGCUUUGGGGAAAGGGCACAUGUCACUAAUAGAAUGUCUCUGAAGCUGGAUUGACAUGGGGAAAAAACACCUUUCCCAUCUAGUUUUGAGACUUCUUGGUUCCCAGGAAGGAGGGAUUCCUUGAUGUUGACACACAUUAGCCAUCUUGGCACAAAUGCCUUGUGGUGUGGAAAACUAAAAUUAGUUUUUUAUGCCCUCUUCUCCCUCUCCACCUUGAGCAUAGACUUGACUCCCUUAAUCCCAGAGAGACCUACUGGGACCUGAUCCCACAAAAUUGGUUAUCAGAAUUGUCAGGCAAUUUGGACCUUCCGGUGUCACCAUUAAGAUGGCAUCUCUCAAAAGAGCAGUGGUUCCUUUUUUAGAUUGUGGAUCUUCAAAUUGAUAAUUCUGCCAUUUUCAUUUCCAUUUCCUGAAAGUCAGGGUCGGCUUGUGAAAAGUUGUUAAACAACAUGCUAAAUGUGAAAUGUCAACCCUCACUCUAAACUUUCCCUGUUCAGAGCAUCACAUGAAGACUUCAUGGGUUUUAUAGUGGCUUUCUGAUUUUGGUAGUCCAUUGAAAAAGGGAGUUUGAAAGUUGUUGUAUACUGUUAACGAUUGUCUGCCCAUGUCCUGCCUGAAAUACCAUGAUUGUUUAUGAAAAGUAUCUUUAAUAAAGCUGGAUACAGUUUGGCUUGGAA